CUUGAACAUUGGCCUGGGAGACGAGAAGUCAGCAGAAGAGAGAAUAUCAGCUGCAGGAGACCGUCUCUUCUCUCAUUUCGCAUGGCUUACUUUGCAUUGCUCAUUUCUCAGUGCUCAUCAGCCACCACACCACGGUGGGAUCAAUCACGCCGCCCCAAACCUGCUGGCUGGCCGUCGGACCCAAGCCUGGGUCGUGUGUCAGAGCUGGUGGGCGUUUGUGCCAAUCCGCGCCCGUUAUCUCUAGGCGAGGGUGGGUCCGCAGCAAAGGAUUACGGGAUCGCAGCCUAUUCGGGGCCGAUGGGGUCCUUGGGGGAACCCUUGGCAGUGGCACUAGACCCCGAAGGGUCUGAUCGGAUAAAAGAAGGCCCAGCCGACUGCCAAUAGAAC